UCUGUUUGUUUUUGGUUUUAUUGUGUUUGUUCAUUUGUUUGGGAGUCUUUUAGAUUCCACAUAGGAGUGAAAUCGUACAGUAUUUGUCUAUGUGUGACUUAUUUCACUUAGAAUAAUACCUUCAUGUUGUCACGAAUGGCAAGGUGUCAUGCGUUCUGUGGUUGAAUAAUAUUCCAUUGUGUGUAUGUACCACAUCUUCUUUAUCCAGUCAUCCAUCAGCGGUCACUGACGUUGUUUCCGUAUCUUAGCUGUCAUAAAUAAUAGUGCAGUGAACACAGGGGUGCAGAUAUCUUUUUGAGUUAGUGUUUUCAUGUUCUUCAGAUAAAUACCCAUGAGUGGAAUAUCUAGGUCAUAUGGUAGUUCCAUUCUUAACUUUUUGAGGAAUCUCUAUACCGUUUUGCAUGAUGGCUGCCCCUGUUUACAUUCCCACCAACAGUGGGCCACCAUCCCUUUCCCCUACAUGGUUGCCAGCAUUUGUUUUAUGUGGUCUCUUGGAUGAUGGCCAUUCAGACAUGUUUGCGGUGAUCUCUCAUUGUGGUUUUGAUUUGCCUUUCCCUGGUAAUUCCUGAUGUUGAGCGUCUAUUCAUGUACCUGCUGACCAUCCAUAUAUCUUCUUUGAAAAAUGUCUGUUCAGCUCCUCUGUGCACUUUUUAAUCAGGUGGUUUGGUUUUUUUGGUGGAUGUGUAUUAGAUCUUCAUAUAUUUUGGAUUUUAACCCCCUAACGGGUAUAUGAUCUCCAGCUAUCUUCUCCCACGCAGUAGGUUGCCUUUUUGUUCUGAUGAUGAUUUCCUUGGCUGUGCAGAAGCUUUCUAGGAUGGGGUAGUCCCGCUUGUUUUUGCUUCUGUGUCCCUUGCCUUUGGAGUCAGAUGCACUAAAGCAUCUCUCAGAACAGGUAGUGUCUCCUCUUUGGUGUCCUUCCCAGUCUCUGUCCUACAGGGUACCCACCUGUUGCCCGCCCCCGCCCCCUGCUGUUGCAUCAUAGCCAGUUCACAUCCUGGCUGUGAUGCUUCACUUGCUCUGGCUAAAUUACAUGCCUGCACCAAGUGUCAUCCCUGUUCCUCUUCAUUUGUCAUCCCGUGUCUAAUGAGGCUCUGGUGGCGAUGGGUGGGGACCAGAAGAGCAGCUAUUGUUCUCUGCAGACAGACUUGCUCUCUCCCGACUCCCCGGGGCCUUGAGCCUCUUUGUACUUUGAGUCUGCACAGAUAUGGCAAGAGGCAGGCUCUAGCCUCAGGGCGACUGAGCCAGAGGCCGACUGCAGAGGAGCUGGAGCAGAGGAACAUUUUGAAACCUCGGAAUGAACAAGAGGAACAAGAGGAGAAGAGAGAGAUCAAGAGGAGGUUAACCCGAAAGCUCAGCCAGAGGCCCACAGUGGAGGAGCUUCGGGAACGGAAGAUCCUUAUCCGCUUCAGCGACUACGUGGAGGUGGCCGACGCUCAGGACUAUGACCGCAGGGCCGACAAGCCCUGGACCCGCCUCACCGCUGCUGACAAAGCUGCCAUUCGGAAGGAGCUCAACGAAUUUAAAAGCACUGAAAUGGAAGUUCACGAAUUGAGUAGACAUUUAACAAGGUUUCACCGACCUUAACAGUCGAAUUCCUCUUGAGUGCUAUGCUGUCUUCAAAACAUAAAUUUAUAAGAACCAUAAGUGCUGGUAUUUAUUCACUUCCCCAUUAUGAUGUAAAUCUUCUGAACUGCCUUUUUUUUAAAAGAAGAAGAAAAAGAAAAGGAAACACAGUCAGGAUUCUGUUUGCAAAAACACGAUGGUUACAGCUCUGUGGUCAGAGCUGCUGGCGCCGCCGCGGAUAAGGGACCAUGCCCCGUCCCGGGGGCACCGAAGACCUGCCCGCCCUCGGUGUGGCCCUGGGCCUCAGGCCAGCAGGUACCGUGUUCACUGAGGCUCCCCGAGCCUGUGCCGCCAAAGUGUCUGUCACCUGAGUCCAGAGAAUGCCGAGCCGGUGGAUCUGUCGUGGGACGACUGUGCAGAAGCAGGCGGUCCAGGGGUGGCGCCCGAUCAGGAGGCUGCUGAAGGAGUCCACACCACUCACGCAGUGAACUAAGGGGAGAGCCCUUCCCCGGGGGAGCCUGUGGUCGCUGGGCCGUCCUCAGAGUGCGUGCGCUCCAGGUGCAGAGGCGGGCACGAGUGCCUGUCCUGUCCCCUCUGGCUGAGCCGGCUGCCCUCCAGGCAGCUCUGGUGUUGCAGGGGAAGUCCGUCGUUAGACGAGCCUGGAGUCAUGGGGGAUCUUACGCAUGCCAGCAGCCUCUGUCUUGGUGGCAUCAUGCGUGUGAGCGUAUGGUCACUGUGGAGGGCACCCAGGCUGGGGUAACCAACCGCCUGGCUGAUGUUCAUUCUCUCUGCGCUAUACCCCAGGGCUGGGGACCGGGUGGCCGGGCCCUUAAUGGCCUCUGAGUCGAGGACCAGGCCAGGAUCCAUUCCUGAAGGGCUGGCUUCCCCCAGCGGUGUCCUCCACAGCAACCCAAGGCCCUUCCAGGCUUGCGUGCCUGGACGUGUCGGGGCAGAAGCCCCAGCAUUGGGGUAGACACCGGCCCCGCCCGCCGGGAGGUACCUGCUUAUCCAGGGAGCAUCCCUCCUCUCCGUCUGGAGGCUGGUGAGGGUGACCGAGGUGGGAUCUCCGUCCGUCCUUCUCACCUGUGAUCACAGGAGAGUGGUGGGGGCAGGGUACUGCAGAGGAGGGACCGCUAUGGACCCUGACUGCUCUCAGCAGGGGGCUGCCUGAGCUGCUUCUGAUUUCCUUCCCCUCGGCAGCGGCCGCGAAAGCUCCGCCUGGCCUUCUGCCAUGAUGUGCCAUGAUCUUCUGCGAGCCUUCUGCCAGCUCUCGAAAUGAUGGCUCGCACCCCACCACACAGGCCCAGGCUUUAGGAUGAUGCCAGCUUGGCCUUCACAAAAAAAAAAAAAAAAAAGAGGUAACCAGUCCCCACCCCAAGCUGCGUGGGAUCACGUUACCCUGGGGCUGCCCCGCCAUCACCAUGGGUGAGGGUGGGCUCCUCCUCCGCUGGCGCUCACAGCUCCCCAGGGCAGUGUCACCGUGCACCUGGCGGGCAGCUCGGGCAGUGUUCCAGGCGGUGCCCGCCGGCCGGUGCCAAGCUGGUGCACACUUUCCUCGCAGCGCCUGGCGCCCAGCCCUGGUAAAACGCAUCACCCCCUUCCUUUCCUCUUUGAAUGUUGAAUCCCGAUAGUUAACCGCCGUGGGUGGAGGUGUUGUUCAGGGAAAACGUGGCCAGGAUUUUAGCAUGGCUGUAAACACUGUCUUCCCGAAACUUACUGACAUUUGAAUGUGCAGAUGGUGUGAUGAAGGAUGCGGGGCUCUUCUGUGUAACUCCUUUGCGUGGGCAAGUGUUCCCGGCCGAGGUGCCCACCUUGGCUGGGGUCUGAGCCUGGGCUUCUAGUGGCGUGAUGGUCAGCCUCCUCCUGGCCCAGGAGCGAGUCCUAAGGGACCUCAUGCCACUGCCUGGACACCUACCACACAGGCCAGGGGCUUCUCUGUGGGCCUGGGUUCCAAGCCUUUCAGAUUCUUGGGAACACGAUGCCUCAAGUUCCUUGCAGCCGCCUGCCAGGGGUCCUGGGUUCUCACCCAAAGUGCCCCAUUGUUGCAGCCACUUUGCACAUGGAAGAAACUGAACACAGUUUCUGCUUCUCCUGCAGAGUAGCUUUUUCUGGAAGUGACUCCCUGCAAAUUGAAGGGUGCCCCUCCCGUGUCACUGCCCCCGAGUUGGGCUCUCCCGAGCCCACUGGAAGCGGCUCAGCAACGUCUGUAGGCCACAGGGUGGACUCUGCUGUCUUUCCUUUCUUGAGGCGUUUACAGAAAUCUAUCCAAAUUUCCUUUUUGCCACAUUGUUAAAACACCUGAAAAAAAUGUAUUUCUUUCCAAAAUGACAAUUUGAUAUAAGGGGGGUGGAAAAAAGGUAGGCUGGCUGGUUUACAGAGCACCUUUUUUCUGAAAAAGCUACAAUUGGAGCUUUUUGUCAUUUGCAUUAGCACAAGAACCACCUGAGAUUUCUCAAAUCAAAGCAUUUCCCUCUGAUCAAUCAAACACUGCCCGAGGUCCCCACCCCAUCCAGGACUGAGGAGACUGCCAUGGGCCUACCUGCUCCUUGGAAAUCGCUGACCAAUUCCUCCGCAAAGGCCCUCAAAGCUCUGUAAAACUUUAGCCUUUAUGUCAGAUUAGAGAAACCAAACGAUGUGACGGUGGAUGUGAUGAAAACCUCCGAGCUUAUUUUUCUCCUGCCUAUGAACGUGUAUUUAUACUUGCCGAAUGAAAACCGUGAUGUGCGCUUCGGUGAAUGGAAUUUCAGGCUCCCCCUGUGCACAGUCAGUGGGCGAGGGUCACCUUCAACGACUUUUUCUUCCCAUUUGUCUCUCGAUCCCCCAAAUGGUUGCUUUUCUCUGGUUGCUUCCCGGGUGUCUGUACAUAGUUUGUCUUUGUACUGGAGCGCGCUCCCGUGUUCUGCUUUAACAGACGAUGGCUAUCUGAGGAAGACAAUGUAAAUAGAAUACAAAUUAAACUGGAGCUCUAUGGCCUAGGUUUUGUACAGACAGAAACUGCAUGGUAUUUAAAUUAUUGUUUGUCUCUGAUGAUGUAUGCAGUUUCUUUAAAAACAAACCAAAAAAAAAAAAAAAGUCUUAAAAAAAAA